AUGCUUUAUGCAAAUACACACACACAGAGUUUUUCUAAUGAAAAUUGGGCUUUGUUAUAUAAUUGUCCCAUGACAUGCUUCUUUUACUUAAUACCAACUCUUGGUGGCUCAGGCGGUAAAGCAUCUGCCUGCAAUGCAGGAGACCUGGGUUCAGUUUCUGGGUUGGGAAGAUCCCUUGGAGAACGGAAUAGCAAACCACUCCAGUAUUCUUUGGAGAAAGAAAUGGCAACCCACUCCAGUGGGUUCUCCAUUCUUGCCUGGAGAAUCCCCAUGGACAGAGGAGCCUGGCGGGCUACAGUCCAUGGGGUCACAAAGAGUCAGACAUGA